AUGGCCAUCGAUAGCUGUGACAUGGACUGGCCGUCACACGUCGCAGCGGAUACUAUCCUCCCACAUUCCCCUACCCUUCACUCCCACAUUCCCAUACCCUUCACUCCCACAUCCCCCUGCCCUUCACUCCCACAUUCCCCUACCCUUCAGUCCACAAUCCCCUACCCACCAGUCCCACAUUCCCCUACCCUUCACUCCCACAUCCCCCACAAGCCACUACCACAUUCCCCUACCCUUCAGUCCCACAUUCCCCUACCCUUCACUCCCACAUUCCCCUACCCUGCACUCCCACAUCCCCCUACCCUUCACUCCCACAUUACCCUACCCUUCACUCCCAUUCCCCUACCAUUCACUCCCACAUUCCCCUACCCUUCACUCCCACAUCCCCCACAAGCCACUACCACAUUCCCCUACCCUUCACUCCCACAUUCCCCUACCCUUCACUCCCACAUUCCCCUACCCUUCACUCCCACAUUCCCCUACCAUUCACUCCCACAUUCCCCUACCAUUCACUCCCACAUUCCCCUACCCUUCACUCCCACAUCCCCCUACCCUGCACUCCCCCAUUCCCCUACCCUUCACUCCCACAUUCCCCUACCCUUCACUCCCACAUUCCCCUACCCUUCACUCCCACAUUCCCCUACCCUUCACUCCCACAUUCCCCUAUCAUUCACUCCCACAUUCCCCUACCCUUCACUCCCACAUCCCCCUACGCUGCACUCCCCCAUUCCCCUACCCUUCACUCCCACAUUCCCCUACCCUUCACUCCCACAUUCCCCCACCCUUCACUCCCACAUUCCCCUACCCUUCACUCCCACAUUCCCCUACCCUUCACUCCCACAUUCCCCUACCCUUCACUCCCACAUCCCCCUACCCUGCACUCCCCCAUUCCCCUACCCUUCACUCCCACAUUCCCCUACCCUUCACUCCCACAUUCCCCCACCCUUCACUCCCACAUUCCCCUACCCUUCACUCCCACAUUCCCCUACCCUUCACUCCCACAUUCCCCUACCCUUCACUCCCACAUUCCCCUACCAUUCACUCCCACAUUCCCACCCUUCCCCUACCCUUCACUCCACAUUCCCCUACCAUUCACUCCCACAUUCCCCUACCCUUCACUCCCACAUCCCCCUACCUUGCACUCCCCCAUUCCCCUACCCUUCACUCCCACGUUCCCCUACCCUUCACACCCACAUUCCCCUACCCUUCACUCCCACAUUCCCCUACCAUUCACUCCCACAUUCCCCUACCCUUCACUCCCACAUUCCCCUACCAUUCACUCCCACAUUCCCCUACCCUUCACUCCCACAUCCCCCUACCCUGCACUCCCCCAUUCCCCUACCCUUCACUCCCACAUUCCCCUACCCUUCACUCCCACAUUCCCCUACCCUUCACUCCCACAUUCCCCUACCCUUCACUCCCACAUUCCCCUACCCUUCACUCCCACAUUCCCCUACCAUUCACUCCCCCAUUCCCCUACCCUUCACUCCCACAUUCCCCUACUCUUCACUCCCACAUUCCCCCACCCUUCACUCCCACAUUCCCCUACCCUUCACUCCCACAUUCCCCUACCCUUCACUCCCACAUUCCCCUACCAUUCACUCCACAUUCCCCUACCAUUCACUCCCACAUUCCCCUACCCUUCACUCCCACAUUCCCCUACCAUUCACUCCCACAUUCCCCUACCCUUCAGUCCCACAUCCCCCUACCCUGCACUCCCCCAUUCCCCUACCCUUCACUCCCACAUUCCCCUACCCUUCACACCCACAUUCCCCUACCCUUCACUCCCACAUUCCCCUACAAUUCACUCCCACAUUCCCCUACCCUUCACUCCCACAUUCCACAUUCCAGAAUCUGUAA